AUCAAUAAAAAAGCGGGAUUAGAGCAAUCAGCCACUCAAUUUUCUGAUCGUGUAACGGCCGACUCGCCGGAAUCCUCUGCUUCCCCGAUUCUCCCACGUUCUCUUCAAUUUACUCCCAAAAUUAAAGUCAAUUUGCAGAAAUUUUGGACUUCUUGAGAAGAAAUUUCUUCAGCCUCUAGAAACUAGCAUCCACAUUUCGGUGGCUUUGAGAGAUCGAGGAGUUGCAGAGAAGCAGGUGUGUGAUGGGGGUGGACUACUACAAUGUGUUGAAGGUGAACAGAAAUGCGAAUGAGGAGGACCUGAAGAGGUCCUACAAGAGGCUGGCUAUGAAAUGGCAUCCUGACAAGAACCCUAUUAACAAGAAAGAGGCGGAGGCCAAGUUCAAGCAGAUCUCUGAGGCCUAUGAUGUCUUGAGCGACGCUAAGAAGCGUCGGAUCUACGAUCUCUACGGCGAGGAGGCUCUGAAAUCCGCUGAAUUUUUUCCUCCGCCCAAUUCCAAUCCCUCGUUUUCCUAUGUCCCUCGCGAUGCCGAUGAYAUUUUUGCCGAGUUUUUCGGCGGAGCUGGGACUGGGAGUGCUAAGAGCCGAGGGCUGAGGGGAGAGAGUUUGUUUAGGAACGGGAAGGCGGAGGCUGGGAGGCAAACCAAUAGGAAAGCACCGCCAAUUGAGAGCAAGUUGGCGUGUAGCUUGGAGGAGCUUUACAAAGGUUCCAGGAGGAAGAUGAGGAUUUCUCGCACUGUUCCUGAUGAAUUUGGGAAGCCAAAAACUGUUGAUGAGGUGUUAAAAAUAGAUAUUAAACCUGGUUGGAAGAAGGGUACAAAAAUUACUUUCCCUGAGAAAGGCAAUCAAGAACCUGGGGUUGCUCCUGCUGAUCUUAUAUUUGUCAUCGACGAGAAACCGAAUCCAGUUUUUGAGAGGGAUGGGAAUGAUUUGGUAGUCAAUCAGAAAAUAUCUCUAUUAGAGGCACUCACCGGGAAGACCUUGAACAUAACAACUUUGGAUGGAAGAAAUCUCUCUACUGAAACUGAUAUUGUCAAACCGGGUUACGAGGUAGUGAUCCAGGGUGAAGGAAUGCCCAUCUCUAAAGAACCAAAUAAGAAGGGAAACCUUAGAAUCAAGUUUGAUAUCAUUUUCCCAUCAAAGCUUACUCUUGAACAGAAAUCUGAUCUGAGAAGGGCUUUGGGCGGUGGUUCUGAUUGAGAGUAAGGCUCAGGAGCGGGCAUCAUGACGAGCCUUCURAACAGGGGAUUGAUAAUGCAAGCUCAAACACGUGUAAAUACUUGUCUUACUCCGGAAAGGAACAUUGUGCAUAUUAGGAUUUUGGAGAACUGCUCGAUUCCUUGCAAUAUGAUUUAGGAGGGAAGUCUAGCAUUCUUCAUCCACUGCCCUUGGUAGCCAAAGUUAACUUUGACUUGAUAAUAAUGAUGUUGCAUCCAUGUGAUCAUACACAUUUUUACUUGAAGUCAAUGUAAGAUUAUUUGUAUUUUAUUAGCUGGGAAUUUGGUGAGUACUGUGCAUCCACUGGUGUUGAAUAAUUUAUGUUAUGCAAUGUCCUUUUUCUUA